AUGACAGGGGACGCGGCUUCGCGAGCUCUGCGCGAAGCGCAGCUCUUCAGGACUUGCCUCCACCUGCGCCGCCAGCAGCGCCAGCGCCUGCUUUCGGAGGCUUUGCGUGCCUCCACUGCGGAGGCCAAUGAAGCGGCCCUGAUCUUUGCACAGGACCGGGUGGACUUCGCCCUGCAGCAAGCCACGCUUCUGGCCAAAGAGCUGCCGCCUGACUCGCCGCUGCGGCACUGGGACGCCUCCCUUUGGUCCCAGGAGGCCCAGCGCUCGCAGCGGCUGCUGCUGAGAAGACGCCAGCUGCGCCAGGAGCUAGAUCAGCAGUGGUCCCAAGCGCAGCUUGCGCUGAACCGACUGCGCGCUCUUCAGUCACUGGCCACCAAGUCGAUCGAACCGGCAGGAGCCGAUGAGCCUAAAGCACGUGGUCAGCUGCUGGCAUUGCUGCAAAGCUGCGAGCAAACGCUGCUCAAAGGCACCAGCCAGUGCGACCUCGCGGCGGAGAUGGCGGACACGGAGGGCUCAGAUGUUUUCCUCGAGUCCGUGGUUCCUGUGCUGCACGGGAAGACCCAAGGAGCGGUUCCAGAGAAGCGUGCUUCCAGCGCGUCUGCAGAGGAGGAGGUCCGCUUGCGGCUCAUGUUGCAAGACCUCUCCGACCACAACGAAGCCUUGCGCCGUGAGCUGCAACAGUGCCGGGAGACAGGCGUGUCCAACAGCAGCAGCGAGCCCACGGCCGCCUUCCUUAAGCAUCACAAUGUCGACGUGCACUUGGACACGCCCGAGGACGCGGAGGAGGCUGCGCAGGCGCUGCGUGAAGGCACGGAGCUUCGGAAAGCCUUGGCGGUGGUCUAUGAGCAGCUGGCCAGGUGGCAGCAGGAAGACCCCGAGGCCGGCAAGGUGCUGGCACGCCUGGAGGGUGCCCCAGGCUCUGAGCAGGAGAGGCGCCGGAGGCCAGAGGGUGGCGAGUUUGCUGCCUGA